AAUACAUAGUAGCACUAGCAGCGAGUGGAGCCCAUCUCCCCGUAACAGCAAUGGAUAACCUCGUAUGGACCACCGAUACUGACGACGUUGUCGUCAUGGAAUCAGUGGAGAACAAUGGGCACGUGAGAGCGACUACGGACGAAGAAAGCAUCACGACUCCAGCGAAUGAAAAAGAGAAUAGACGCGAUGGCAGUGACUCUAAAGAAGAGAGAGGAAGGCUCAUAUAUGGAAUCGACGACAAGCCUCCAAUACACCUCUCCGUACUGUUCGGCCUACAGCAACUGUUCGUCUGCCUGGGCGGCAUCUACACGGCGCCGAUCGCCGUCGCCGACCUCAUCUGCGGCGAGUUCAACACGGCGCUGAAGGUGCAGAUGUUCAGCACGAUGCUGGUUGUCGUCGGCGUCUCAUCCACCGUCAUCUCCGGCAUCGGAGCGCGGCUCCCACUUAUUCAAGGCGCUGCCUCGUCAUUUAUACCGCCGGUAGUUGCUUUAAUGGAGCUUGAGGAGUGGAAGUGCCCAGACAACUGGUCGCUAGCGCUGAGUCCAGAAGAACAAAACGAUCUGUCCCUCGUCAGAUUGAGAGAGAUUAGCGGCGCGUUUAUGGCGGCGUCUGCCAUCCAAGUUCUCAUCGGAUUGACCGGCGUCAUGGGGUUUUGCAUGAGAUUCAUCGGUCCACUGACAAUAGCACCCUCUGUGGCGCUCAUUGGUAUAAACAUCUAUGGUGUCAUCAACAAGAUGUGCUCCAAACACUGGGGCAUAGCAAUCUUGCUCCCACUUAUUCAAGGCGCUGCCUCGUCAUUCAUACCACCGAUAGCUGGUUUAAUGAAGCUUGAGGAGUGGAAGUGUCCAGACAACUGGACGCUAGCGCUGAGCCCAGAAGAACAAAACGAUCUGUCCAUCGUCAGGUUGAGAGAGGUUAGCGGUGCGUUCAUGGCGGCGUCUGCCAUCCAAGUUCUCAUCGGAUUGACCGGCGUCAUGGGGUUUUGCAUGAGAUUCAUCGGUCCACUGACAAUAGCGCCAUCUGUGGCGCUUAUUGGUAUAAACAUCUAUGGUGUCAUCAACAACAUGUGCUCCAAACACUGGGGCAUAGCAAUCUUCACUAUGGCUGUGGCUUUGAUCUGCUCCUUACAUAUUAAUGGUAAGGUAUCCGUUCCAAUACCUAGCUGGACGCGAAGUGGGCGAUGGAAACCGCUGAAAUUGCCAAUAUUCACUGUAUUCCCGAUACUCAUCGGAAUGAUAGCUGGAUGGCUUCUCUGUCUGAUUCUCACCGUUGCUCAUGUGUUUCCCGACGACCCCUCCGAGCCUGCCUACUGGGCGCGAACAGAUGCCAAAACAGCCGCAAUAGCGCACACGCCCUGGUUUAAAAUCCCCUACCCAGGACAGAUAGGCAUGCCGACAUUGUCGAUAGCAUCGUUUGUAGCCAAUCUGUCGGGAGACUAUUACGCAUGUGCGAAGAUAUGUGAGAUUCCACCUCCACCAAAGCAUGCAGUCAACAGAGCCGUUACUAUUGAAGGGCUGGGCUGCUUUUUUGCUGGUGCAAUGGGAGGCGGGCUAGGCGUGACGUCAUUCAGCCAGGCCGUCGGAGCUCUGGGCCUGACGAGGGUAGCCUGCCGAAAUCUCAUCUACGUAGCGUCGGCCAUCAUGAUAUUUUGCGGGAUCGUGCCGAAAUGCGGCGCCGUGAUUAACACGAUGCCUGUGCCGGUGACGGGCGGCAUCUUCUGCCUCGGUAUGGCUCUCGUCACGGGCGUCGGCCUCAGCAACCUGCAGUACAUAGACUGGCAUUCGUCACGCAACAUCACCAUACUCGGCUUGAGCAUGCUGCUCGGUGUCAUGAUGCCCGAGUUUACGAAGGCUUAUCCGCACGUCAUCGACACAGGUACGCGCGUACCUACUGACCUCACCAAUCACGCAGUAUGUCACGCGUCGCGAGAACUGCUGCGCGACGCUAUUGACGCUUGA